AUGCAACCACCGUAUAAUCCAUUCAAUUUUCACAAUAAACAUGACUGUGAAAAUGAUGUUGUAAUUCGGUCAUGUGGAAAACCCAUUCAAACUAAUUUAAACCAUUUACUUGAAAAGAAUGAAUUAAGGAAAAUGAGUAUUGAAGAAUUUAAUGAAUAUAAGAAUAAAUUAACUGGCUUUAGAAAAUUAGAAAAUGAAGAAGAAUUUAUUUUGAAAGGAAUUGAGCGGAAGUUGAAAUCUUUAGAAUCAUUAAAGAAAUGUAGGAAGAAAAAGAAAAUCGAAUUAGAAUUGAUGUCAAAAGAAAUUAUUGAAAUUAAAGAAAAAACAGUGGAAUUAAAAAAACAAAAUGAGUCAAUUACACAGGUUCUAUGUGACUGUCAAAAUUGUAAUAAACAUUUGACUAAAAUACCUUUGAAUUGA